AUGGAGAGCCAGAUGUGCGGCGGCGUUGAGGAAGAGAAGAAAUAUGUUGCCUGCCGGGAAGGGUUUCAGGGGAAACAAACAGAGAAUUGGAUAGAGAAAUACCAUGGUUGCGAAGUUGAGCUGACGACUGGAGCAAGAGACGGCAGCAAACGAAGAAGGUCGUGGUCUCUCUCGCACUCGUUAUCGUCUCCCAUGGUUGGAAAUUCAGAUCUGACCGUAUUGCGAGCUCGAAGAGAGAGAAGUGAAGAUGGGGUUGCCGUCGGUUAG